CAGUGAGUUUCCCCAUUUUUCGUCAGUUAUUUUCCUUUCGUCGACGCGAGUGGUUCGUUGUUUCGUGUGGUUUUAUUUACAAGUUACUGUCAGUGUCGCAUCGCAUUCGCAUUCGCAAUGAUCAUGAAAGCGGAGCAUCCGCACCAGCACAUCGCAACUGCCGCGAAUGCGGCACGCCAGGCGCAGAUCCGCUGGCGAGUUACGCACUUUAAGGCACUGAGCCGCAUAAGAACACCUUCGCAGGGCACUUGCUGCGGUCGCGUCGUUAGUAAAAAUCACUUUUUCAAGCACAGUCGCGCUUUUCUGUGGUUCCUGCUCUGCAACCUAGUGAUGGGCGUGGACCGCGCCCACUCCCAGCUGCUCAUCAACGUCCAAAAUCAGGGCGGCGAGGUGAUCCAGGAGAGUAUUACCUCCAACAUCGGCGAGGACCUGAUAACGCUGGAGUUUCAGAAGACCGACGGAACGCUCAUCACCCAGGUCAUCGACUUUCGCAAUGAGGUUCAAAUCCUCAAGGCCUUGGUUCUCGGCGAGGAGGAGCGUGGCCAGAGCCAGUACCAGGUCAUGUGCUUCGCCACCAAGUUCAACAAGGGCGACUUCAUCUCCUCGGCGGCCAUGGCCAAGCUGCGCCAGAAGAAUCCGCACACCAUCCGCACGCCCGAGGAGGACAAGGGCCGCGAGACCUUCACCAUGAGCAGCUGGGUGCAGCUCAAUCGCUCCCUGCCCAUCACGAGGCAUCUGCAGGGACUCUGCGCCGAGGCCAUGGACGCCACCUACGUCCGGGAUGUGGACCUCAAGGCUUGGGCGGAGCUGCCAGGCUCCUCGAUUUCCAGCCUGGAGGCGGCCACCGAGAAGUUCCCGGACACGCUCUCGACGCGCUGCAACGAGGUGAGCAGCCUGUGGGCGCCCUGCCUGUGCAACCUGGAGACCUGCAUCGGCUGGUAUCCCUGCGGACUCAAGUACUGCAAGGGCAAGGGAGUCGCGGGAGCGGACUCGUCGGGCGCCCAGCAGCAGGCACAGUCGACGAAUUAUCGCUGCGGCAUCAAGACCUGCCGCAAGUGCACACAGUUCACCUAUUAUGUGCGGCAGAAACAACAGUGCCUCUGGGAUGAAUGACGACGCGGCGAGCUGCAGCUGAUGCAGAUGCAGAUGCGCUGCGCCAGGCGGCGGAAUGGGAGCGAGAUUGAGGAUGAUGCCAGUGCCACCUGCCCGGGUGGCGAAACAAGAGCAGCUACCACAACGGCGACAAUAACUGGCGGGGGGACUGGGGGAAGUGGGAAGCAGGAUACAACGGCAGCGACAACAACGACGACCAACAAAUUACGCCAACUGCUUUUGUUGGUCCAGCAGCAGAUGCCUUUUGCUCUGUGGAGUUUUCCGGUCCAUCACAUUUCCCACCACCCCCCCAAGUCCCAAUCCCAGUCCCACUCCCAAUCCCAUUCCCAGUCCCAAUUCCAACAUAAGCCCAGCCGGCAGCAGCAACAGCAUCAGCAUCAUUCUCAGGUUGCCUCCACUUCGCAUCAGCAGUCAUCACCAUCAUCAUCGCCAUCAUCAUCGUCGUCCGCAAUGGCCGCCAUCGUUGCGUGAUAAUGAACGCUUGAAAAACCCAACUUCCCCAAUCCACUAUACGUCCAGGAAAAAAACGAGUGCUGACACUUUUUCCGCUCACGAUUCAAGAUUCUGGACGCGGACAUUCGAAUGCAAGCCACUGGAUGGAGGUUAUGCUACAGCAAAAAAGGAGUAAAGCGAAAUAAAUGUAAAAAUGUGCUUCUGUA